AUGGUAGCUAUGCUUGAAGUAGCUACUGCUAAUAAUAGCUAUUUUGCAUCAUUUCUACCUACUGUUAAUUCACCGCCUGUUCCCCAUCGGGAUAUCUCCGGUGCGUCUGCAACAGCGUAUCGGCCCUACAGUGAAGAAUAUACCUCCGUCCAACGUCAUUUAGACCGACCACUUCAAGCAGAAGUAGAAGUAGAACGGUCCAAAAAGGAUAAGAAAUGGUCCAUUGGUAAACUGUUUCGAAGAAAAAAGAAGGAAGAGGAUAGUGGCACAUCAUCACAAAGUGAUGAUGGAGAUCGUUCACCAUCGAAAAGAAAAAGUAAAAAGAAGAAACGUACACCAGCUGUCAAUAAUUUCGAUCACAUAGUGAUCAGAGAUACCAGAAGGGCUCAAAGCCUAGCAAAUACUGUCAGAGAUGUUGCCGACGAUGGUGUUUUAUCAGAUCCUUCAGCUGGCUUUAUCAAGUACAAAGCUGAUAAUCCUGAAAUAUACAGUGUUUCAAAGGAUUCUAUCCAAAUUAAAGAUGAUGCUUCUCGAUCUGGAAAAGGCAUCUUUGAAAUGCCGUCAAGGAAGAAAAGAAAAAGUAGAUUGAAAGCACGAGUUGAAGCUUUACGAAACAGUAUGAAAGGAGAGUCAAGCAGCGAUGAAGAAUCUUUAAAGUCGUCCUCAAAUUCUUCUUCGAUGAUAAGAUUUCGAAGUGAUGAGUCUUUAAUGAGGUCACGUGAUAGUUCGCUAAACAAAAGAUCAAGGAGUGCUCGAAAUGAAAGAUAUAUUAAACGUCUGUCUCGAGAUGAAGAAAAUCAGUUAAAUAAAGAAGCAGAACUACUUCAACAAGGGUACACAAAGGCUGAAGUGGAAUUGCUUACAAGGACACCAACAAGUCAGAGUAGUGGCUAUGGCACAUGUAAACGUGAAGCUACUUCAAAAAUAGUGCCAGAACAACUAACAACGAAUGAUACUAACCGGCGUCCUUUUAAAUCUGAAUCAGUAUCAUCCUUUCCAUCUACUCAAAGUUACCCAUCAUCCAUUAAUUUUAAUGCAAAAGUUAAUAAUGAACGCAUUAAUUACUCCGUACAAUAUCCAAAUAACAACAUUAACAGAACUUCAUUAUAUGCUAACAGCAAUAGAGAGAGCAGCGUGUCAAACCAAUAUGAAAACCCAGAAAGUAUUAUUUGCGUUAAAUUUCCAUUAGGAAAUGUUACCAAUAUUAAAAAGGAAGAAAAAGCCCCACCAGUACCGCCUCCUCGUGAUAUGCAUCGAAAAGUCGUUACACCUUUAUCAAUGUAUUAUGAAAAUUGUCCUAUAGCUGCUGAACGAAGCAUUAACCAUAAUGUAAAACAUGGUGUCCCAAAUAAUGAUUUUGAAAGGAUUAUGAGGCGAAGUCAAGAAAGAUUAGUAAAUUACGGCUUUAAUGGCUUACGAAGACCUAUAUCAAACUCAGAAGACCACAUAGCCAUGCAAAACAAUGAAAAUGUUCAGAACUAUGUGCCUAAAAAUGAACAGCCUCGAAGGCCAGCGUCAGUUUCAGCAGAACCUAAUCAUUAUGGUCUUUUUGUAAAUAGUCCACCGUGGAGAAAACAGACUUCUCAAAAUAGUAUAAUAAAACCAGAACCUAUUCAAUUAAGGCAAGACUACCUGUACUAUGCCGAUCAAAGUCCUAGAUCGCGAAGACCUAUCAGUAUAAAGACUAGUCAAAAUAGUUAUCAAAAUCAAUAUUUAAGCGAUUCGCAAGUUUCUGGAGACAUAAAUGAAAAAAUGUUACAAAAACCUAGAAAUGCAUCUGAAUUUUGGAAAAAAAUUGACGAUGCUGAAAAGCAAAGGAAGCAACAGAAUAUUUUUGCACACUCGAGAAGUAAUAGUGAAUAUUCAGGAACUUCUCAAUUGGGUCGACCAUUUCCGACGAACGAUCUAAAAAAAAGUACAUGGAGAAAUAGAGACACUACACAGAGUAUGGAUGCAUCUAACAAAAGUAAAUCCAUUGAUAUCAUAGACGGCGCGAAAGUGUGGAAAGCCACAACAGAAUAUAAACGAUCUACUACUGUUGAGCCUUCGAAAACAGCUUCGUCUCCUCCUAAAACUCAUACACGUCACAAAUCAGAUACAUAUGUCUCAGGAACAUAUCAAAUGACAUCUGAUGAUGAAAAAAAUUCUGAAAGACGAAAGUCUACUAAUCUUGAUGAUGCUUUAAAUGAACUUGAAGCAAUAUACAAUAGUUUAGGGUUAGGUGAUGAAGAUUUAUUAGACAGAGCUGAGCGUCGAGAAUUAAUGACGCCCAAGUUUUACGACCAUUUCAACAAUGAUUGGAAUGGAAAUGACGACGAUAUUCAAUUACGAAGUCAGCCUUCUACGCCAUUAAGACGAAUAUCUCGUAGAUCAACAUUACCUGAUAAAUUGCAAGAUGAUAUGGCUUUUAGAAGGAUGAAUUCAUUUUCGAACAAAGAUAAAUCCAAUAGUAAAGAUGCGCAAGCACAAAUUAGUUACAUGUUAACAUCACCAGUUUAUGUGCCCUAUGCUUCAGAUGAUGACAGGCAUUCAGAACGAAACGAACCUGAUGUUGUAUUUGAUGACGUUGUUUACAGAAAUAUUAAACAAACCAAUAAUCGGCUCAAAACAAUCGAUCCACAACCACCUUUUGGCAUACCUGUUGGUCCUGUUUCGCCAGCCCCUCAAAGUGAUUAUUUGCAUGCAACUCCAGAAAACAAAGGACGAUCUAGAUUUAUACCAAAAAGAUCACCUGAUAUAGUAGCGGAUGAUUUGGCUUAUAGAAGCUUAAGAAAAGAUAAUAGACAUUCAUCACUCUUCAACGGGGAAAGUUAUAAUGGCUACGUAAAUAACAACGGUUAUGCCGAGUUUCCAUUUAAUAAAGAUUCUACUACGAAUCUAAAGAAAAAACGAGCAGUUAGAUCUCUUUCAGCUAAUAUAUUUUCAAUGAUACAAAAAGAAAUCGACGACGCUUUGAAUCUUAGUAAAAUGCCACCAAUACAAAAAACCCACAGUAACAGUGAUGUCAUGAAACGACUUCGUGAAACUUUCGAGAAAAAUGACAACCAAAAGGAGCUGUAUCCUCGAAAUAAGGUUCUUAGUAUGCUAGCACAAGAGGCUAUGGAUACAAGUAACAAACUAGGCGUUGCUUUAGCUGAACUAGACAAAAAUCGAAAUAAAAACGAAGUAUCGGAUAUUCAAGAUAGAAUAUCUGAUAGCAGAACGAAUUUUUUAAAUGGCUUAACUGAAAAACCCUUUGACAGUGCUCUGACUAAAUUAAAUCAUGAUGAAAAUUCAGAACCAACCGUUCAUAGUCUGGUAGAAAAGAAUAAAGCGACCAAUAAUGAAAAUUCUAAAGCUAAGAAAACUGAAGAUAGUUUAUUGGUAAUUUCUGAUCAGCUGCAUAAAGUUGAAGACCAAUUAAAACAUAAUUUUGAAAAGGAACUGAAAUUAGUCGAGAAUAGUCCUAAGCCAAGUAACAAUUUAGAAAACCCUGCGGUUUUAUUGAAAAAAUUCGAUACUCCCAUUGUAGAUGUUGAGGAUAAUAAUACUACACCAGAUAUCAUAUCAGAAAUACCACAAAGUAAUAAUAUAAUCGAAGUCCAGCCAAAUGACUCUGCACCACGAUUUCAUCCGCUUAAUCCAUUUUUAAACACUGAUGAUAAAGUCAAAGAAAUUAAUGAAAUGAAAGCUUUUAGAGAGUUGAAAGACGGAAUAUCUGAUUUGAUAGCUGGAAUUGCAGAAGUUAAUGAGAAAUUAUUCGUUCCCAAGAGUACUAAAUGUGAUCAAAUGACCGCUUCUAGCAAUGUUCCAAUGAGAUCGCCAUGUAAAGAAGAGGUACAAAGGGUACAAAGUAAUACAAACAAUGCUGUAUCUGGUAGACAUUCCGCUAGUCUGUCUAUAUAUGAAAACGAUCUUGAUAAUAAAAAGGAAGCAGCUGACUCUACAGAAUACAAUUCAUCUGAAGAAUUGGCAACAAUAUUUAAACUUGAUUACAGUGAUACGAAUAAAUGUAAUAAUGAAAUUAAAAAUAAUGGUAAAGAGGAACGAAAUGAUUUGAACUCGCCAAAAAUUGUAAAAUCUAUGAAUCAGCACUUGAGAAGGCUUUCAGUUGACGAGAGCUCUAGUCAAAGUAAUUCACUGCCAAGCACAGUAGUCCCUUGGAGAGCUAAAAGGCAAAAUAAUUCACAAAACGAAAAUAAAGGUGAAAAUCGAUUGCCUCAA